UAGAGCAGGCUGGGUGUAGAUCACUCAGCAGCGAGUCUCCAGGCAUGAUGCACGUACUCAGCGUCGCCUUCUGUUGUCUAGGUCUGCUGGAGCUGUCAGCAUGCGGAAAAAGCCACAUUCUAAAGAGGAGUUACACUGCAGCGUUGCCAGCACUGUUCUUGCCAUCGCAGGGAAUGGAAACCGAUUGGUCUGGAAAGAUAGAUUGCAGUAAAUCGUGCCCAAACCCGUACAUGUUCAGGGAAUCUUGCUCAUUCUAUUACGAUGACCCUGCGGCUCAAACGAUCCAAAGUCUCUUCUCGUCACUCGUUGUAGCAGACUGUGACCUGGCGGACCCCUGCGACUACCCCGCCCACUACAGCCCGAGAGAUGGAGAAGAGUUCGACUUUAUCGUGGUGGGUGCAGGGACUGCCGGCUGUGUGGUAGCCAACCGUCUGGCAGAGGUCGAUGGCUGGAAGGUUUUGCUGAUCGAGGCUGGGGGAGACCCGACCAAAACAUCGGAGGCGCCGGCCCUGUACGGAAGCCUACAAAGGACAGAAAUCGAUUGGCAAUUCAUGACAGAGCCUAGUAAUUCAUACUGUCUCGGUAUGGAAAACCACCAGUGUAGAUGGCCAAGAGGCAAGGUGCUGGGUGGCUCUAGCACGAUUAAUUAUAUGGUUUAUCUCCGAGGAAAUCCUCUGGACUAUGACGAGUGGGCGGCGAUGGGAUGUGAAGGGUGGAGCUACUCGGAUGUCCUUCCUUAUUUCAAAAAAUUUGAAAACAUGACAUCUAAGCAAGUAUUGGCAUUGCCAGAUUUCCACAAGUAUCACAGCACAAAGGGGAUAGUAACAAUAGAGGAUUUUGAAACCUAUGAAGUAAAACCUCUGAGGAAACUUUUUGAGAGAGGAAUGGAUGAUUUAGGUAUCAGACCUAAUCCGGAUCCAAACGGUAGGAGACAGACUGGAUGCACUCCCAAACGAGGAUUUUUGAAGGAUGGUAGACGGAAUAACGCAGCUAAAGCAUAUUUAUCACCUCUAAAAGACAGAUAUAACCUUAAAGUUUCAAAAUAUUCCUUGGUAAUUCAAGUGCUAAUAGAAGAAUAUACAAAGACUGCAUAUGGCGUAAAAUUCUUAGAUAGAAAUGACAGGAUCAUUACAGUUCUUGCAAAGAAGGAAGUCAUUCUCUCAGCUGGUGCAAUAAAGACUCCUCAACUGUUGAUGUUGUCUGGAGUGGGGCCUAGAAAGCAUUUAAUGGAUUUAGGUAUUAAGGUAAUUCAAGAUUUGCCAGUUGGUGAAAAUCUUCAAGACCACAUAUUUUCUACAAAUCUGUUGAUCACUCUAAACUAUUUAAACUAUUCCACCACUGAACUACCAUCAGAACCCGCCAUGUAUGACUUUCUCAUGGGUUGGCGCAGCGUUUAUUCUUCAAUAGGAAAUCUAAACCUUGGGUGUUAUUUUAACACCCUUAAUACCCAAAGCAAUGUUCCUGAUAUUGAGUUCAAUUUUGUGAAUUUUAACAAAAAUAGUAAUGACUUACUUACGUUGCUGGAAGACUUCAAUUACCGGGAGGAGAUGAUACACAGCUAUUUUAAAAUUAACUCAAAAUCGUUUGUUUUACUUGUACUUGGUAAUCUGUUAAAACCAUUCAGCAGAGGGAAAUUAUUGCUUAAAAACAGAAAUCCCAAAGAAUAUCCCAUACUGAUUGCUGGGUAUUUAUCGGAUCAUAGAGAUGUAGAAGUAUAUUUACGAAGUUAUGACUAUCUUAUUGCAUUAAUGAACACUAAGCCCCUUAGAAGUGUAGGUGCAACACUUCAUGAGGUCGAUAUCCCUGGGUGCAGAAUGUAUCCGAUAGCUUCAAGCCAGUACAGAGAAUGUGCUCUGAGACACUCAACGACCACUGUGAACCACGUGUGUGGCACUUGUAGGAUGGGCCCACUACAAUCUCCGAGGACUGUGGUGGAUCCUCGCCUGCGAGUCAAGGGUAUCAAGCGACUGCGAGUCAUUGACAUAUCCAUCAUGCCGACAAUUCCCCGAGGAAACACAAAUGGACCUGUCAAUAUGGUUGGGGAGAAGGGAGCAGAUCUUGUGAAAGAAACUUGGCUGCUUGGAAACCAAAGCUGAACUUAAUAAUGUUAUACAUUGCGCAUGUUACAUAAUAAUACUUAAUAAAGUUUUCCUCACUAGUUGAUUUAUUUAAUCAUACAUAUAAUUUAUAUAAAUUUACAUUAUUUCUACGCCAACUUCCUCUUUAAAGGGGGGGGGGGGUCGGACGCUCUAUCUCUACAAUGUUAAUUUUCAUAAUUCUGGUACUCUCAGAAACCAAAACACAUAGGCUAAUGACAUGCUUUUUCUUACAGUAGUUGCUCUUUGUGUAUCUUAUGAGUGAGAUUUCGUGUUAAAAAAUAUUAUCAUAAAAACAUAAACAGCCUUUAGUCCUCGGCAUUUUUACUAACAAUCUUUCACCGUAACAAAGAA